UCGCUCAGCAUAGCGUAGUAAGUGUUCUACCUUUCAAGAAUGGGGUUCGCUUUUAUCGUGUUGUCCUUUCUUCUCACUUUUGUGCUAAGCUAUUUGAGAUACUGUUAUACAUACUGGGAACAACAUGGAAUACCUCAGCUACGUCCUCAUUUUUUGUUUGGACACUUCUUCAAGCUAAAUGCAAUUCAUACCAACGAUCUACUGCAAGAGACAUACGAUGCCUUCAAGGGCAAAUGCAAACUUGCUGGCACCUAUAUCUUCACUCGACCCAUCGCCGUGGUCACUGAUUUGGAUUUAGCUAAAAAUAUACUCAUCAAGGAUUUUAAUAACUUUGUUAAUCGCUCGGAUCACCCUUCGCCGGAAACUGUUCAUCGAAAUCCACUUCUAGGACAUCUUUUCAACCUUCACAGUGAGGAAUGGCGAGGACUGAGAACGAAACUGUCUCCCACUUUUACCAGUGGCAAGAUAAAGUUCAUGUUCAAUACGGUCACUGAUGUGUCUCAGCAGUUGGAAGAUACAUUUCGAUCAGAAGUUGAUUCCGGUGGAAUCUUAGACGUAAAUGAUCUACUUGGACGCUACACAGUCGAUGUGAUUGCUAGCUGUGCCUUUGGCAUCAAAUGUAAUUCCCUCAAGGAUCCACAGGCCGAAUUUCGUGUUAUGGCUAGAGAACUUUUCUCUAACUCCAACCGCAGUAUUCGAUGGACUCUUUUUAGGAUGAAUUAUGUGAAGCUUUUGUCAAAAUUACCAUCUCGCAGCUUUGGACCACAACACCUUGGAUUCUUUGUGAAUAUUAUUCGCCAAACUAUUGAGAUAAGGGAACGUGACAGUAUUAAGAGAAAUGAUUUUAUGCAGUUAUUGAUCGACCUUCGGAAAUCUGAAGGCAGCCAAGGAUUAUCCGUAGAGCAAUUAGCCGCUCAAGUUUUCAUUUUCUUUAUCGCUGGUUUCGAGACAAGUGCCAGUAACAUGAGCUACGCUCUCUUCGAAUUGGCUAGGAAUGAAGACAGCCAACGCAAACUAAGAUCAGAGAUUCAGAGUGUACUUCAAAAACAUGGAUAUCUCACAUACGAGGCAAUGAUGGAAAUGACGUACUUGGAUCAAGUUAUUAACGAAACACUACGAAAAUAUCCAGCACUUGUGUCGCUAACACGAGUUGCUGCUGAGAGUUAUAAAUUUUAUGAUAAGCUCACUAAUAAAGAAAUAAUACUGGAACGAGGGACAAAAGUAUAUAUCCCAGUGAAUGCUAUACACAACGACCCCGAUAUAUAUCCUGAACCCAACAAGUUCAACCCGGAGCGCUUUGAGACCGAAGCCUUUCAGCAACGACAUCCGAUGGCUUUCCUUGGAUUUGGAGAUGGACCACGAAACUGCAUCGGAUUGCGAUUUGGACGAAUGCAAGUUAAGGUGGGACUAGUCACAUUGCUGAGCAACUUUCGAUUCAGUCCCGCACCAGGCGAGCCAACAGAAGUGGAAAUCGACACCAAAACCAGCAUUCGACGGCCUCUAAACGGAGUCAAACUUCGCGUGGAGCGACUUGAAUCUUAAGCUAAUUACUGAUUGCCAAAUAA